AUGCUGCUUCAAACGUCGUCGUAUUCUCAUAAUCACAUGAUGCCAGGUUAUUCUGAUACACAGAAUUCAAAACCGAUCAAACCGAUCACAGAGAAGCAACCUUGUCAAGAUUGGGAUUUAUGUCAAAAAUCCAAUGAUCAAGAUCAUGUUGAAAACUACUAUCAUCCAUGUAAAUUUGGAACUUGUUGUAAGAAUAUGAAUCAACCAGGUCACAGAAAUCGUUAUUUACAUCCUUGCAGCCAACCACAAGGAAAAUGUUCCAAAUUGAAAGAUGAGGAGCAUUGCACCUUUUUCAUUCAUUUCAGAGAUGAUAAGCCAGUCACAUCAUUGUACACUUAUCCAGGAGCUAAAGAUAUUUGUAUAAGCGCAUUGAAGUGUGUCAAGAGCUCCAACAGAUAUCACAUGGCUUCUUACAGGCAUAUUUGUAGAGAUGGAGAAAACUGUAAAGCAAGUUCAAAUCAAGAACAUAAGAACUUGUUCCUCCAUCCAUGCCGUCACAAGGGUCAAUGUCGCAAUCAAAAGGGCAAGGCUCAUAUUCGAAAUUUUAUUCAUCCAUGCCAGGAAGGAGCGAGUUGUAAAAAGUUUGUAGAAGGAGUUGACAUGUCUCAUAUUGUCCUUUUUUCACAUCCAGUGGGUUCUGAUAGCUCCAAGCUUGUGAAAUAUGAAUGGCCAAAUGCUUGGGUUUCACCUCCUCCUCCAAAAUUAUCCAAAAAUCCACUGGAAAAGCCCCAUUAUGCCAGAGUGAAACUUGCGUCAAGUACUGCUGAAUAUCAACAAGUUCACCAAUUCUUCAACAAAACAAUAACUGCCAAGAGGACCAUUAUCACCAUUGAAAGAAUUGAGAAUUAUUUGCUGUGUGAGCAAGGACUAGAUCCACGCGUGAGUGCAAGUGGUAAAUUUGGAUUUGCAAUUUACACAUGUCCUUUCUCAAGCUAUUCAGAUAGCUAUGCACAAUCAGGAUCUCAACAAAAUUAUAUGUUUGUAGUGCGUGGGCUUGUUGGAGAUACUUACACAAUUCCAGGGACAACUUUGAUGGGUUCAAUUAAAAGACCACCACUCAAACCAAAUUCAACAACAGAAUUGUAUGAUAGUGUCACUGGAUAUAAUGCUCAGGAAAUCAUGUUCUAUGAUCAAACUCAAGUGUAUCCAGAAUAUUUGAUCGCUUAUAACUGA